AUGGAAUAUGAGAACAAAUGUUUUAAUCUAAAUAGCGAUAAUACAAAUGAUAAUAAUGAAAGAGAAAAUUUUCUUGUAAUUACAGAAAAUGUGUUAGGAAUAGAAUUUGAUUACAAUAGAUAA